CUCUGGUCUAUAUACAGAAAUUUGACAAGUAUUUCGCUUGUCAAAGGAAAAAAUUUCUCUGAAAAUUUGUUUUUUUUUUUUUAACAACUACAACGUUGCCGAUUUGUUAUUAAUUAAGCUUUGUAUUUAUACAGUUGUUCAUUGGUGUUCAAGAGGACCGUGGACGAAUUAGCCCUCUCAUCCACAAUGGAAUGUUGUGGAUUGUGUGAUGUUAAUAUUUUUAAGUCCGUCAUUGUUUGUUUGUUGUGUAGAGGUGUUGGUUUGUUGAAAGCAACAAUUGUACUCUAAGAAGGAAAUAUAUUUUCAAUUCUGUUCAAACUGAAGUGCGAAUAUUACUUGAAGGCAUUUUGAGGUCGACUAUUUAAUAUGGACUACAAUGCUGGACAACAUAACACUGCUGUCGAUGAUAGCGAUAAUGAUGAAGUUACCGACUUCUUGAACUCAAACCUUUCUCCUAGUACCGAUGCAUUGGCAGAAACUUCCCCUAACGUUCGGAACGUAGAAAAAAACAUUGAAGCUAAAGGUGUAGAAAUCAGUCUAAUCAAUAUUCCCCUAUCGACUGCUCAAGAAAGUGAAAAUUAUUGUUUACCUUUAAUUAACGCAAAAAACAAAUCCGGGCCUCAAAUUACGGGACACAACGGCAAUAACAACAGCUCUUUCCCUCAAACAUUAAGACAAAGUGAAAAUAACAUGAUCCCUACUAUUAAUGUAACUCCCCACAGCCCCGCUAAUGUUUCGAAAUACAACAAUAUAUUCGAAGACACUCUCAGUCAAUUGCAGAACAUCCGUGAGAGUGUUGUUCAGAUGAAAAAUUCAUCGUCUUCCCAUAUUAAUGAUAAUCUAUCAAACUAUGGCCUGUUAAAUGCCGCAAUAUUAAGCGCUUCACUCCCCGAUUUGUCGGCUACCAACAAUGGUGUACCAGGGACAAGUGGUACUGGACCGUAUGGAAUAUAUCAUCAAAUUUUAUCAUAUGGUCUUCUCAAUAAUAGCAAUAGCAAGUCAUGGACUGGCAUUGAUGACUUAACAGCUGGCGGAGAUUGUACGAACAAAAGCGUUAGUCUUUCAAGUUUGGACAGCGAGGAGCAAGAGACCAUUAGAGUAACAGAACAAAGAAGAAGAUCAGCUAGAAAUAGUACUGGAGGCAUAUCGACACAUUCCCUGAAUGAAGCUGAAUUAGCAAGAGAUUUUGAGAGAAUAGCUGCAAAAAGAAGUUUAGCUACUGAAAUAAUAAGCCGUAUACCACUACAAAAAAGUAUAUCAACAUCUUCAAUUGUAGCAAAGGAGGAUAUAAAAGUUAUAACAAGGCAUCUAACUGACAGUGAAGAUGAAAAUCAAAGUUUGUUAAGAGCUCAUGCAAAAAUUGAAGUUUAUGAUAAUGUAGAAAAAAGAAGAAAACGAGGUUCACUAUUUUUCCGCAAAAAGAAAGACAAGGCAAAGAUGAAAUCUAUCGGCGGACAAGUCAGCAAUUGUGAUGCAUGUGGUUCGGGUAUAACGCUGAGUGCACUUAAAGAUCAUCAAUUGGAAUGCAAAGGUAAAAAACAUACCGGUUCUAUUGGAAGUGGGAAAAAACCUACUAGUAGCAAUGAAAGAAACGAAAUAGGACAAGAUUUUUAUGAUGGGCCUGAACAAAAUACAAAUUUUAAUGAUGAUAACGCACCACUUAUCAAGUCAGAGUUCCUGAACGAUGCGCCCAUUGAAGCCGAAGAUUUGAAAGCUGACCCUGUACUUGGUAUUGAGUUAAAAGAACACGACUCUUGGUCUCCGGGUAUACCAAAGGAUAUUUUAAAAGCAUUAAAAGAUCAACAUAUAAAGAGGCAAGAGCAUAUAUAUGAGUUCAUUAUGACAGAAAAACACCAUUGCCAAACGUUGUUGGUAAUGCAAAAAGUUUUUGUGGAAAGUAUUGAGAGACACUUUCCAUCGAUAAACUGCAAUAAAAUGUUUCCGAGAUUACAGGAGUUAACUGAAUUACAUUGCAGCUUUCUAAAAAAACUACGUCAAAAGCAAAAAGAACAUUUUGUUGUAGAUUCUAUAUCAGAUAUACUACUCGAUUUCUUUUCGUUGGAAAAGGCUCAACAUUUAAGGCUUGCCUACGGAGAGUUCUGUGCUAACCAUCGCUCAGCUUUGGAGCAAUUUAAAUCGUACAUGACUGGAAGGGAUCCAACAUUUUCCGAAUGGUAUAAACAUUGCUUGACGAAUCCCUUGCUUAAAAAGAAAGGUAUUCCCGAAUGCAUACUUUUUGUUACCCAAAGACUAACAAAAUACCCGCUUCUCAUCGAACCCCUUCUUAAAAGCGGAAGAGAGGAUAAGUUAGAGUAUGAAAAAUUGCAACAUGCACUAGCAUUAGUUAAAGAGCUUUUAGUUGAUGUAGACGCAUGUGUGGCAGAAAAGGAAUUGAGAGAAAGACAAAUAGAUAUUUACAAUCGAAUUGAUAAUAAAUCCUUCGCUAUAUUUAAAAAUAAACCAUUUCGUAAACAGGAUGUAGGCCUUGAAUCAAAAAGGAGGUUGAAGUUUGAAGGUUUGGCAACACUGAUGCAAGGUCGUUCAAAAAUGCAGCUAGUACUUGUUGUUGUAUUAACCGACUGCUUGUGUUUUCUUAGUGAAAACUCGGCUCAUAACAAAUACACAUUUUUUACACCGGAACAUAAAGCUGGUGUUGUUCCCCUGCAAAAACUAUUGAUAAGAGAAAAGGCGGGCACAGAGUCGCGUGGUAUUUAUAUUAUAUCAUCUAAUCCGUCGUUUCCAGAGAUGUAUGAACUGAAAGUCCAGACACCAAAAGACAAAAAUGUGUGGAUUCAAUCCAUAAGACAGGCUGUUCUAGAUUGUCCAUCGACAGAUGUAAUUGAAUCGGACGAUUUGACUCAUGAAGAAAAAAUAAGAAUUGGUGUGAAUAAAAGAGAGAUUAUCGAGAAGAUACGACAAAAAGACAUAGAGCAAGCUAUCCUGUUAGAAGAGAAAAUUCUUCUGCAACUUAAUUUAAUGCAAAAGGAUCAAAAGUCGUUUAAUGCUGACCACGAUGGGUCACAAAUAUCUGCUGUUGCGUCAUCCAAUAUAUCCGCGGCACAGUUUUUGGCAACCUACGGGACAUACAAAGAUAUUGCAAUAGGUGCUGAUUGUGAUACUAACGAAUUGUGGAAGAAAGUUUUAAACACAGUGCAGGAUAUUACACAGUUGGCCUCAAAUGUGUAUACAGCUGCUACUGGACAAGCCGUGUCUAGAUCUGUUAGCUCUGUUGGCGAGAAACAAAGCGAUACAUACAAUUCUCCUAUUUUACCAAAAAGGGCUGAAACAUUUGCUGGAUUCGACGAGAAAAGGGCUAAAGGAACAUACUCAUCAAGAGAUAUUAAUAAAAUGGGAACGUUGCAGGUCCUUACCCCAAGACUGCAAGAACUUGAGGAGAAAAAAGAAGUAAAGAAUGCAUCAAUUAUAAGUGCUCUAAUUCCAUCCUCUAAUACAGAUCUCGAAAGUACAUCACAAUAUGAUCAGUCAUCGGUAGCUACCAAAGAUAACAAUUUAGCUUAUUUACAAGUUAGACAUAACCUUCAUACUCUAUUAUGCAUCAUAUCGCAACAAAUGACCACAAUUCAUUCCCUACAGCUACAAUUAGCACUGUACAAAGAAAGUCCAAGGGCUUCUUACACUCAUAAUGACCAACUAGAAGAACUGCGUAAUUUACAAGAUAAACUACAAGAAGAAAAAACGGCAUGGAUAAAACAAAAAGAUCAACAAGAACAAGAUUUAAACGAGAAAAAGGUGGCAAUGGAUAAAUUGCAAGAACAAUUAAAUUUACAACAGGAAGACAUUAAACAGCAACGCGAACAAUUAUAUCGUAAAAUGGAGGUCUUGUCCAGUCAAGGGCUACUAAUAUCUCCCAAUACUCCUUUAAACUUAUCAAGUCCACUGGUAAACACAUCCACAGUUAACAACAAUGACAUGGAUCAUGAUACACAAGACUCACAAACACAUGAGCUCUCCACCACAAUCCCAGGUCAUGGUACAUCUUCAAAUACAGUAGAAAGGCGCAAGGAUAAAUGGCGAACAGCUUCAACAAUGUCAAAAAAUCCUCCUGUCCAUCUGUUAAGUGCUACAAAUGCCCCUAAAGUACAACAAAAUGUCGUCAAACAAAAACUACCGAUGAAACUGUCUUCGCUUUCUUCUGUGACAACGCCCAGCUCGGGCUCUUCUGCAGCAAAAAUUGAUAAAUCGAACAGUUUUACUACAAAUAAUAGUUCUUCAACAUCAUCUAGCGGUGGUAUUUCUCAAAUGUUUCCCCUGAAAUUGGCAGACAAAAGAUCGACUCAAACGUCCAACAACCCAAAUGCUGUAAAUCCCUUAAUUCCACAACAUUCCCGAACUGGGAGCUCACCUGCGAUAAUACAAAAUCCACAUACACCUAUUAGCAAUGCAACAGCCUUAACAUCCCCCCCGGCAGCUAGUGUUAUUCGAAACGAGUCUUCUACAUUCACCUACGGCCAGCGUUAUUCAUUGGGUUCCGCGAAUUGUACUACUCCAACAUCUAGCAAACACUUGACUCUAUCGAAUCAGACCAAAAUUCCACUUAAGUCUUCGUUGAAUGCUUUGGCAGCUUCAUCUAAUGUUACUUCUCCCAACGCGACCGCACGCAAUAUUGCCCCUCAAACAAAACCAGAGGAAGAAGAAAUAUACUUUUGACGUAGGUUUUCUAAAGAAGUAGAAAUUUAAACAUUCGAAUAUAUUGACUAGUUUUUAUUUAUUUUGCAUUGAAUAAGUGAAUAUCAAACAAUUUGUUCUCGCAUUUUUUAAUUCUGCUAAUUUAUUUGGGAUAUUUUCUUAGUAAUUUGUUUUUAACAUGUAAACUCAAAUAUGAAAAACAACAUUACGAAAGUCCAAAAACAUUCCAUGAAUAUUACAAGAAAUAAAAUUGAAAACAACAAAUUAAAUGGGUUUGAAGAUUGUUCAUUUCAAAAUUUAUUAUGCAGCUUUUGAUAUUCGUUUAUUUAAUUUGGCGUUUGCAUUUACCUUAUAUAGCAAAAUACUUCAAACCCUAAUUUAUUACCAAAUUGUAUUUAAUAUAACAUUGAAUUUAGUUUCAAUCUCUAAAAUGAGGAGUAUAUACCGUACAUGUACGAUUUUUAGUAUAGUUUUGUGAAUCACCCUACUCUAACAUAUUUAGGUUAGGCAGAGAGAGACUUUAGACGAUUUUAUUUUUAUUCAAAUUACCACUGUUGAAAACAUUUUUCAUUUUCACUUAAUACACAGCUCUCAUAAUUUUUUUCCAGUAUCAACCAGAUACAUAUUUCAAAAAAAAAAAAAAAAAAAAAAAUAUAU